AAUUCUUCUUACACAAUUUAAUUAAUAAUUUUUGUCAUUAUGUUAUUGUAAUUAUGUUAAUUUGUAAUUGUAAUUAUGUACUUGUAAUUAUGUUAAUUUUCUUUUUCAUUAGAUGCUAGAGAUACAUGAUUUCUAAUAACACUAAAAUUUUUUGUGCAAAAUUUAUAUAUAUAUAUAUAUAUAUAUAUAUAUAUAUAUUCGUGUGACAUUACAUUUCAGUCGGAGUACUGCAAGACAUUCUUUACUAUUUGACGCAUAAAGAUCUGAAUAAAAGUUUGAGUUUCACUGGAGUCUCGAACUUUUGUUGCACAUGCGCUUUCAAAGAGAUGAGGAAUAUAAAAUAUGCUCCUCGCAGUGCAUAUUAUGACAAUUUACUUACUGCUCAUCAUUUUCUUAAUGAAAUGUAUUAUAGUUAUAGGAUAUAAGUGUAGUUCCUCCCAAAAAGAUAUAAGUCGCGUAUUUUCUUUAUUUUGUUAUUAUCUUAUCUCCCCUUUUAUUCAUAUAGACGUAAGUAUUUUAAACAAUACUAACUUUAUUAUAAUAGAAGGUAUUAUAUAAAGUGAAAGGAGAACAGUAUAGUUACGAGAACCACUGCUAUUUGAGAACAAAAAAAAUGUUCUGUAGAGAUAUUAUAUUCAGUAAUAUUUCAACUAUCGUCUGAAAUGGAAGAAUUUCCCGAAGAGCGGUAUUAUGGAAUGAAUCGCGUUCUUUUAUCAACAGUUGGUCUAUGGCCAGACGACCAUUACAAAGUCAGACACUUUCGUUUUAUAUUAUUGCUAUUGAUAGUUAUAUCAUUACCUAGUUCACAGUGGAUAAAGUUGUUUACCUCAGAAUACAAUUCUGAUCUUCUUUUAAAAAUAUUAUCUUUCAAUAUUCUUUUAAUGUUAUGUCCUAUAAAGUAUAUUACAUUUUAUGCUGUUUUCAAAAAUAUUAAAGAAUUUCGGCAACGUGUUCAAAAUAACUGGGGAGCUUUGAAAGAUAAUCGAGAAAUCGAGAUUAUAUGUAAACAGGGAAGCUAUGGAAAAUUUUUUACAAUAUUUAUUGCAACGUUUGUACUUAUCUUAAGCGUAGUCUACAUUUGUACCCAAUAUGUAUCAAUUGUACUCGAUAUUAUAACACCUUUAAAUGUAUCUCGCCCGCGUCAACUUCUAAUUAUUACAGAAUAUUUUAUCGAUCAUGAGAAAUAUUUUUAUAUCAUAUCUAUAUAUUUAGCUAUUGCGAUAAUCGUUAUAGUAACUUGUUUUAUAGCUACUGAAUCGUUUUCAGUAAUUAAUGCAUUACACGCUUUCGGGUUAUUUAAAAUUGCUAGUUAUCGUAUGAAACAUUUGUUAAGCGGAAUUACUCCACAUAUGUGUCUAACUAAAAAAUAUAUCAUAUCACAUAACAAAAUAAUUGCUGCGGUGGAUUUUCAUAGAAGAGCAAUUGAUAAGUUUUGGACGAGUCUAUUUAAUCUUAUAUGUGCUGGGUGUGCUUUCGGCAAGCAUCAAUUUACUUAACCUGUCUCGGAUAGUGACUAUGGAAAAAGAUAUUAUAGAAAUUAUUAAAUCUUUUUUUUUGAUAGCUUCGCAUAUUUUAUAUUUAACCGUAGCUAAUUACGCUGGGCAAGAAUUUAUAAAUAAUGAUAUGCAUUUCUAUCGUGUAAUGUAAGUUGUACGAUUGUGUUUGUCGUACUUUAUGUCGCUUCUUAAGUUACACAAUCUACCUAUAUUAUAAUUAUAUACUAUUUAGUAUUUUAUUUGUGCAAUUAUAUAGAUGCAAUACCGAAUGGUACAAUGUUCCAGUAAAGACACAAAAAUUAAUUCUCUUUAUGCUACAAAAGACUACAAAAUGUUAUAAAGUUGAUGCCGGUGGUAUGUUUAAUCCCUGUUUGGAAGGUUUAGCCACAGUA